CAAUUCCACGGAACCCAGCCCCCCCUCUCUCUCUCCACUUCACAGAACCCUAGCCCCCUUUUCUUUCUCUCUCCCAGCCAACAGCAGCGGGAGGCCAGGAGCCACCGCCCAGUGCCCAACGCCGUCGUCGCCGACGAACUCGUCUCCUCAGCCAGCGUCCAGCCUCGUCGUCGCUGAUCCUCUUCUCCUAGAUCCCAUCUCCUCGCGUCGCUAGGUCUCAUCGCCGAACGGGUGGAGGGUGCUGUCGCCGCCGGGUGGAACUGACCGUGGUGGCAUCAAGAAUCAUCGGCUGUGGAAGGUGAAGGUAUACUCGUCGCCUGUCAUCGUUUCUCUUCCCCUCGCCGUCGUCUCUCUGUGUCGCCGUUGAGCUCGACGGUCUCAACGACCCUUCCUCCGGUCAGGUUUCAUCUUCGAAGCUUUGCUAGGGUUUGCUGGUUCAAAUCAUCCAUCUAUCAUCUUCCCUUUGUUUCUGCCCUUAUUAGCAGACAGUAGUUUCAGUUUCUGAUUCAGACGCUGUUGGAAUUAUUGCAUCCAUGUCUAACAUCAGCAACAAUGUGGCUGGGGUUGACAACACCUUCAGAAGAAAAUUCGAUCGAGAAGAGUAUUUGGAACGAGCUCGGGAGCGUGAGAGGCAGGAGGAGGAGGGUCGAUCUAAAUCUAAAGCUAAAGGUCCUCCAGUGCAGAGGAAACCCCUAAAACAUAGAGAUUAUGAAGUGGACCUCGAGUCCCGCCUAGGCAAGACUCAAGUUGUUACGCCGGUUGCACCACUGAGUCAGCAGGCUGGAUAUUACUGCUCUGUUUGUGAGUGUGUGGUAAAGGACUCAGCGAACUACUUGGAUCAUAUUAAUGGAAAGAAACAUCAAAGAGCUUUGGGCAUGUCUAUGCGAGUUGAACGAGCCUCUCUCCAACAGGUUCAGGAACGAUUUGAGGUUCUUAAGAAACGUAAAGAUCUUGGCACAUUCACCGAGCAAGAUCUUGACGAAAGGGUUCUAAAACAGCAGCUAGAAGAGGAAGAAAGAAAACGAUUGCGUCGUGAAAAGAAGAAGGAAAAGAAAGAGAAGGCAAUGGAAGAACCGGAAAUUGAUCCUGAUGUUGCGGCCAUGAUGGGGUUUGGUGGUUUCCGGUCAUCAAAGAAAUGAUGCCAUUCUACAUGCAGGAUGGACUUUCUGCAAUUUUGAGCAGCUUUUCUGCAAUGAUAAGCUGAAUCUACCAGCCUGAUUCCCGGUGGUUUAAAGGUCAAUCUAUGGUGAAAGGAAAUAUUAGCGGGUUCAAAAAUUGGAAGUUUGGGAGCUCGUAAUUUUUUUUCUUUGGUUCUUGUAUAUUUCUUAUGAGAACUAUGUUAUGUAAUGUUAUGUAAGCUCUACACAAGUGUGCUUUGACAACUACCAUUAGCCAAGGUUGCGAGAACCGGACCAGUCAAUAAACCGAUAAAUUUACUGGUUCAAUAGUUUAUCGGUUCGAUCGA